AUGUUCGAUGAAUUUGUGAAAAGGAGACAUGAAUCGUAUUUAAUCGAUUUGCCACCGGAUUUGAGACCUAAUGUGUUGCGCUCCAUGAUAUUGGAGGCAUUUAAAGGAAAGAAGACUAUUCGAACGAUUGCUAAACGUCGUAUUAAAGUAGCGCAAUUAUGGAAAAUCUGCAACGCUGUGGCUGCAAUGCUUCACGCUUACAAUAAUCGGAACAACCUCAAAAAUGAGGAGGGUGCUGCGUGUCUCAGGGAACUCAUGAACUUCUGCCAGAAGUACUGUUUUAGCGUGCCAUCAAUUUAG